AUGGCUGAACUCACUUUUCGCGAGAUUCACUAUGACAUAUACAAUCUAAAGUCCAUGAAAAUGGACUUGUCAGAAUUUGAAGCUCUCGAUGCUUAUGCUUGCAAGGUUUCUCCAAGGAGUUCUGUGUCGGCCCUGGUAGAGGACUUACUGCUGUAUGCAAGCACAGAUCUGGAAAAAAUUCGAGCAAUAUGGAUGUGGAUCUGUUGCCAUAUUGAGUAUGAUGUGAAGGGAUAUCACAAUAAGGAUAAAUUACACUCUGGCCCAGAAGAUGUAUUGAAGACUGGCAAAGCAGUGUGCGCUGGGUAUUCAGGACUCUUUUGUCAAAUGUGCAGCAUUGCAGCUGUAGAGUGUACUGAAAUCUCCGGAUAUUCCAAAGGCUAUAACUACGAUAUGGGGAAGAAGUUCAAAGGGGAUUCGGAUCAUGCAUGGAAUGCGGUGUUUCUGGAGGGGAAGUGGCACCUCCUGGACAGCACGUGGGGAGCUGGUCAUGUUAAUGAGACCUGCACCAAGUUUACCCGCAAGUAUGUUGAAUUUUACUUCUUUACACAUCCAUCACUGUUCAUCAAUAAUCAUUUCCCCAUGGAGGAAAAGUGGCAGCUGAUUACUCCAAGGAUUUCCCUCAAGAUAUUUGAAGAUAUGGUGUUCAGGACUGGUGACUUUUUUGAAAUGGGUCUGAUGUACAUCCACCCGGAUGUCCAGCUGAUAUCCACAGUAAACGGAAGAGUGAUUAUCAACAUAGAAGGGCACUCCCCAACCUUGUUUAUGUACAGCCUGGAUGAGAGGAAGGACUGCGCAAUCCUAACCCUGACUAGGUAUGGCAUGAAGCUGGAAGUCCUGCCCCAGAAGAGAGGAGACCACAAGUUAAAGAUCUACGCUAAGCCGUGGGACUCCGAAUCAGAGACUUACACUUUUAUUUGUGCCUAUUUAAUUAAGUGCGAGUCAGUGGAUGAAAACUUCAAGCUGCCGAAGGUGUUCCAUAACCCAAUGGGCCCUAGCUGGCUCACAGAGAUGAAAGGGCUGCUCCAACCCUCACACCCUGAGCCCCUCAUUUACUGUAACGAUGGCCGGUGCACGGUGCGCUUUAUGGUGAAUAAGGAACUGAGCUUCACCAGUAAACUCUCCUGCGACGAGGUUAACCUGUCAGAUGAAGUCAUGAGGAACCAUGUAUUCAAAACACAUUUGGGCAACUGGGUGGAGUUCAAAAUCCAGCUCCCACAUUCUGGCCUCUAUGUGUUUGCAAUCUUUGCCAAGGACAAGGCCAGCCACAGCCCCGCACAUGCCCAUGUCUGCGAAUAUUUAAUCUCCUGUGCCAACCACAAUGUUCACUGGCCAGGCUUUCCCAAGAUCUUCAGCUCCUGGACAGAUGGGUGUGAACUGGUAGAGCCUCUGUCUGGCAUCCUGCCCCCAAACCAGAUUGUCAAGUUCAAGCUGAAGAUCCCCCAUGUCAGGAAAGUUCAGGUGUAUGGAAAAGGAGCGUGUCCACUCAACAUGAGCAAGGAUGGCUACUGGGAGGGCAUCUGCAACACCCAAGACGUCAAGCACCUCAAUGUGGGUGUUUCGGACAAAAUGUUUGACAACAAGUUUACAUUUGCCCUUCAGUAUGAAGUGGGAGACAAAUAA